AUGUUUCUUUACCAGCUACUAAACUUUUUCCUUGUAGCUUCCAAAGAGAAGGAGGACUCUAAAUAUGACCUGUCACUUUACAAGCGUGGCGAUUUAUUAGAAGUCCCCAGGACAUUAUUCACACAUUUUGGUAUCUACCUGGGAGACAACCGUGUGGCUCAUCUCAUUCCGGACAUCCUGCCUGCGAUUUCCAAGAAUAAAUCUGCAAUUGCCAAGAUGGUAACAAAUAACCGCCUGCUGCUGGGCGUUAUCACCAAGGUUGCCAGUGUCAGAGUGGACUCUGUGGUAGAUUUUGCGUAUGGAUCAGAGAUUCUGAUCAACCACAUGGACAAAGUGUGCCGUCAACCAGCUUUGGACGGGGACGAGGUGGCCAGGAGGGCUGAGAAGCUCCUGGGCUCUGUCACUUACAGCUUACUGUGGUACAACUGUGAACACUACGUCAUGUACUGCAGAUAUGGGAUGGCUAUCAGCUACCAGACAUACCAGUUCUGCACAACAGUACGGAAGAUUGUUUUCAGCAGGAUGAGUUCCUAUUUGACUGCGCUGUGUGGUGUAGGGAUCCUGCUGUAUCUGGGCUGUGUGACACCACUGACACUUUUACUGACCCUGCUCAUCUCAUUCACCAUCUGGAUGGCAGCAUAA